AUGGGGAUUACACAUUAUGAAAUGACAGAUUCUAACACCUAUAACAUUGGUUAUUCACGCGUUUUACAAUGGAUAAGUCUACUUUCACCUUCUAACUUCAAGGAUAUAAAUGAACUGCAACAAUAUAUCGAUAUACAGCAUAUUAACUACCAAAAGUUAAUUGAACUACACAAACCAUUCAAUGUAAACGACAAAAUUGAGGACCUAAGUCCCCAGGUAUUUCAUCCUUUGGCCCAGAGCUGUUUUAAUCCUUGGCUUAAGGAACAGGAAGAUAUGCAAUUGGUUAAUCUAAUUUCUAAUGAUGUAAAACGCACAUUCCAAGACAACCCAUUUUUCACAAAUGCCAACGUAUUACGAUCAAUGCAGAGGGUUCUAUACAUAUUGGCUAAGGAAAAUUGUAAAUUAGGUUAUAAACAGGGGUUCAAUGAUAUUUGUGGCAUUUGUUUGCUCGUCUGUUCAGAACACAUUUUAGAGGAUACAUUUGACAAUUUAUCAAUAGAUUUGGACAUUGAAAGUAAUUGUUAUACUAUGAUGCAUGGGUUACUUGAUACUGGUAUUAAGGAUUUUUACAAUGAAAUAGUAAGUACAGGUGACAAACUUAUUGUUGUGGAUACUUGUGAGCACAUUUUCCACACAUUGCUGAAGAAUAUUGACAUCGAAUUGUAUGAUAAAUUGACCCAAAUAAAGUUGGAACCACAUGUUUUCCUGAUGCGAUGGAUCAGGAUAAUAUUUGCUAGGGAACAUACUAUCCAUGAUACAAUCUCUAUUUGGGAUGCAUUUAUAAAGGACUUCUCUUCAUGUAAAUCGUUAAGAUUUAUAAAUUAUUUUACCAUUGCUAUGCUUUUACACAUCAAAGCUAAGCUAAUGGAUAGUGACACAAAUGAAUGCAUCCAAUUACUAUUCAACUACCCUAGUACACCAAAUUCUGAUUGUGUGUACCAAAUUAUCGCAAAUACAUUUUGUCUUAUCGAUAAAAUGAAGUAA